GAGAGAGAGAGAGAGAGAGAGAGAGAGGUGGGAAGGGAAGCCUCUGAAGAGGGCUAGUCUCCAAUCUGGGGCACUGUCCCUUCUCUCUCUUCCCCCAAGUAUGCAGCCGACCUUUCUUCACCACCGGCCACCGCCUCUUGACUUCGUCCUCUUUUCGCCUUUUUCCUCGCUCCGAUCUCUACGCUCUCCUCUAUAGCUUCUCUCUCUCUCUCUCUCUCUCUCUCUCUCUCUCUCUCUCUCUCUCUAUGUGCGGAGGAAACUACCACCUGUGUACAACUCUGAGGCGGUGGACCUGAACCUUCAAUGCUCCUUCUUCUCUGGUCGGCGGCCACCGGUUUCGUCGGCGGAAGGCGGUGCUGACAUUGCAACGGCGGUGAUGAAUGCCUGCAUUGCGCUGUUGAUGGUCUUUAGUAGCGGCGGUAAGAGAAGAGCCUGUGGCAGAGCUUGCGAGGGGCAGAGAGGGGUUAGGUGCUGAUUGGUUUGUGUUUUGGAUGCGAAGGAGAUAUGAUAUGCUUUGCAACUCCUUCAAUUGAAGGUUGGUUGUGAUAUACAUAUAUACGCUGCACGCAUACGCGACAAUUGUUUUGUAUAUAUAAAAAAAACGUUCACAUCAAUGUCUGAAUUGGUCGCUCGCACUGGUCGCCUUCAGCAGCGCUAUGAGAAUGGUUACCGCCUUGUCGCCGGGUGUAUACCUUUUAAGUAUAGAAAUUCUGUUGAACGCAAUGGUGUAACAUCUGAGAAGAUUGUUGAGGUACUUAUGAUCAAUUCAGCUAGCGGGCCGGGUCUUCUGUUUCCAAAGGGUGGAUGGGAGAAUGACGAAACUGUUGAGGAGGCCGCCGUGCGUGAAGCUUUAGAAGAAGCUGGAGUUCGAGGGGAACUAAUGCAACACUUGGGUGAUUACCAAUUUAAAAGCAAAAGUCUCCAAGAUGAGUUUAAUCCUGGAGGUUUGUGUAAAGCUGCUGUCUUUGCCUUGCUUGUGAAGGAAGAACUCCAGUCUUGGCCAGAGCAGAGCACUCGGCAGAGAACUUGGCUAAGCAUUUCUGAAGCUGUCGACUGUUGCCGAUAUCCAUGGAUGCAAGAGGCCCUUCAGGAUGGUUUCUCCAAGUGGCAUGCCAAUUAUAUUAAGGAGGAAGAAGACCACAGAACUUUUUCUCCUGCUAGCUCCCCGGACAGCAUCGAAUAGUUCCCGGCACUUCUCGAAAGGCACCUGUCUGAUUUCAAUCCGGUGUCUUUUCCCUAUUUCCUUUUUUUUUUAGUACCCUUUUCUUUUCCUGGGGUUUAGGAGGUGAUAAGCUGAUGGUAGAAGAUGAUCCAAUUAUACCUGCUCUUUCAGGUUUUGAGUGACAUUGCCUUUUUUUGUUGGGAGUUCUGGGAUUUUUAUACCGAAAUGUUUCUCCAAUUUACUGUGUUCCUCUUGUUGAGGACAUCCACCUUCUGGCUGAAAGAAGAGAAAGACAUACUUAGAUAAAGGUAUCAUUUGGAAAAGUUUUAUGGACCCUAAA